CUUCUCUCUCUUCUUAAUAUUAAACCAUCAAAGCUUUGCUACUCUCCAAACUACCAUAAACUGAUAAACCCAACUCUCCUCCUCUCUCACUUGAGAAGCCAAGUCCUAUUUUCUAAACCGAUCAAAUAUAAACAAGUUUAAAUCUCUUAUGUCUCUUACAAUUUCAAUUGGUUGAAGAUGAUGGAGACGAGACAGAACAAUGUUCACUUCCACAGACCCAUUUUCUUACCAUUGUUAUGCUCCAGACCUUCAAUCAAGAACGUGACCCUUCCGGCUAAAUUAAAUCAAGAAGACCAUCAAGCUGAUCCUCUUUCUCCCAAGAUUAGCUGCAUUGGUCAGGUCAAACGCAGCAAAAAGAUCGUCGGUCAUCCCACCACCACUUCCUCCUCGAUAACUCCCGCCGCUCACCACCGCUACUUUAAGCUCAAACGCCUUUUCUCGGGGAAGAAUCUCACUUUCGCCGCUCCCACCACUACAACUACUAAGAGUAUUCGAGGAAGAAUCAAAACGGAGGAGUUUGAUAGCAAAAAGAUUAAUGUAAUCGAUGUCGCUGAUAUGGAUCCGCCUUUGCCAGUGAUUAAGAAGAAGGAUAACGAUUGUGGCGGUGGCGCUGGAGCAGAGAAUCUGUGGAAGAGGAGAUCUGGUGGUGGUGAUUGUCAACUACGGACUUUGCAGAUUCAAAGCAAUUGUACUCAUCUUUUGAAGGUUACAACUGUUUGAGUUUUAAUUCAAAGAUUUUAAUCUAUGCAUUUAUCUACAGGCAGUAAUUGAACAAAUACAAAAUCAGAGUCUCUUCUUC